UUUCGGUUUCAAGGGAGCACUCAGUGAACAAGGGGUCCAAUCAUCGGCUCAGCGCAUCCGUCUACACGCUAGACCGGGCAAGCGUGACACAACCUGAACCUAGCAGGCAGCCAGGCACAGCAGCACCGCCACUGUCAGGCCGGCACGUGAAAGCACCGGCCACACUCCUACUUGGCGCUCACGGGCCCUUGGCACGCCCAUUGUACCUUCCGUUGCAGGGCAUCGAACCGCUACGAAUGCCAUCCGUCAACCUCCAAUCAGUUGAAGCUUACGUUACUUUUGGCGGAACCUCCUCCUUCAACUACUCACUUCCCGGUCUCACAUCACUUCACAUUACGUCGACUGCUGCUAUACCCUCACGAGCUCUUUAACAAUCGUGGAUUCGAUUAUCAGUAGAGGUAGCUUCUCAGUACAUAGACCAGAACCUCAAGAUCCCCCCAACAAACAAAACCAGAUACCCACUGUUUUCCGGGUAGCCCGCCACUCGGUCGACGACCCCAACCCAGACCCCAUCCAGAACCAGCAUCGGCAUUUUGACUAUACCGACUCUGUCGACGGACGGAGAUCCGACCCGACCGACUGGAGGAUCUUCUCUUUACCGCCCAGCCUCAUACUUUGUUCACCUCUUUCUCUCGCGCUUUCUUUUUCUCUCCACAAGGCAGUUCGGCAGGACACGAUAACACAAUAAACGGCCUACACCACCGAGCAUAAAGCCUCUUUGGAAAAGGACAUCAAGGGGGAACCCAGGUCGUACUACUGUCAAUUCCCAUUGUUGCCGAAACGAACGAAACAACCACCAACCAACCAACCACCUGUGUCCUACAGCAAGCGAGUGGAAGCGACAGCAACAAAGACCGCCGGAUAGGUCCCUCAAUAAUCAUUUCUCCUCCUCAACUACCUACUCCCAACAACGAACAACUACAACUACUCGCGAGCGAGCUAGUAAAGGACGACUUUUACGAAUCGAAACGAACUUUGAACUACGAGUUACGAAACAUCUUGCGCAAGUAGCAAGAUACAAAUCGCGGGCACGGUCAAACCACCAAACACGGAAGAAAAAAGGAGUAAACGAAAAGCUUCAGAAAUCCAGCCAAGAUGGCGCUCAAGGACGAAUUCGCCACGCGCAACUUCAGUAUCUAUGGACAAUGGCUCGGCAUUCUCUCCAUGAUCCUCUGCUUUGCCCUUGGAAUUGCCAACAUCUUCACCUUUAGACCCAUCAUCAUUGUCUUCUCUGUCAUCACUCUGUGCUUCUCCUUUGUGAUUCUCUUCGUCGAAGUCCCUCUCCUCCUCCGCAUUUGCCCGACCUCGCCCACCUUCGACAACCUCAUCCGCAAGAUCUCGACCAACUACACGCGCGCCGCCGCUUACGGCGUCAUGGCCGUCGUUGUCUUCUUGUCCUGCAUCGAUCGCACCACGUCCCUCCUUGUCCCCGGCAUCUUCUUGUCAUUCACGGGUAUCUGCUACGCUCUGGCGGCGCUCAAGGGCCAGGCGUUUGUGGGAAGCAAGACGCUGGGUGGAGCGGGUGUCGCGCAGAUGAUUGUAUAAAUCAAGUGCGAGCACACGAGAAACAGCAAGGGGAGAGCGAAGAUGUGAGGAGGAAAUGGGGGAAAUUUGGAACUUGAACUGAAAGAGAGUACUUUCAUAAGAUGGGACUACGGAAGUAAGGGGGAAAAAAUGAACAAAAUAGGGAAUACAAAAGUUUUGGGUCAGAGGGGGGGUGGUUAACGUCAGUAUGGGUGGGAGUGUAAGUACUGACGCAAAAAAAGGAGGAAAAAUAAUGGAUGGGUAUACAUCGAGUGAAAGAAGAAUGCAGGGGAUUGGUUCGUUAUGGACAGGGCGGAAAAGGUACACUUUUUAGGAAGACAAGAGUGAUGCCGGAAAAACGGGGAAAUCCGCUCGUGUCAGUUGUGUUGUUGCUGGACUGUCUGAAUGAAUUACUAUUCACACCAAAAGGGAGAGGUCUCUCCGUGUUCAUCUAUCUAUCGUAUUGCUUGUUUGCGUGUGUGUUACUGUAGGGAUGAUACCAAUGACAAGACUGGUGGG